AUGUCGAACUUGAUGCAUAAAGUCAAGGACGCCCUGACGGGCCACCAUGAUGAGAAUAAGGGAUCAUCUCAUGACUCGUCAAAAGUGUCACAGAAAGUGGAUGAUGCCCGUGAUACCUAUGGCCAAAGUGAUACAUGGUCCGCGACCAAAAAUACUCAAAACCCUACCACCACCGGCGAGUACAGCUCGCAGCCUAUGGGCUCUGACAGCUAUGGUACCAGUGGCUACAACGCCGGUGUACAGCACGGUACUAGGAUGCCCGGUGCAGGGGAAGGUCAGAAAAUCCUUACGAUUAUCAAUACUCAACGACUAACGUUUCGCGCUAUAGAAACUGGCAAUACCUAUGGAUCCACCAAUACAGGCCGCAACGAAUAUGGAUCCUCCGGGAUGGGUAUGGGUACCCAAGAUACCAUGUCCAACCGAAUGGAGGAUACCGGCAACACUUAUGGUUCAUCCAAUAUGGGCAACAUGGGCACUGACACCUACGACUCCGCCAACAAAGCCAAGAACUACGACACCUAUCAAUCGAAGCCAAUCGGCUCUGAAACCUACGACUCGAGCAAUCGCGCCGGAAACUUUGGUUCGGGCAUGAACACCGACUCCUACGGCUCAGCUACUCAAGGCUAUGGCUCGAAUCCCAUAAACACCGGAAUGGGCGAGUCACAGAUGUCCAACAAGAUGGACAGUGGCUUCGACAACCGUGCAACCACUGGCACAGACCAGACAGGUGCCUACACCUCAAACUAUGGUGACGACCUUGGCAGCACGGGCAGGUACAAUACCCGUUCAACCACAGCUGCCAACAUGCCCAGCCAAUUGGAGUCCCGUUCAGAAUCUGGGAUGGAUACGCAGGGCUUCGGUGGUGCUGCUGCUGCAGGAGGUAGCAAUUACAAUACUGAUGCUCCUAAGAGACGAUCUUCUGGUCCUCACAGUUCGAAUCUGCUCAACAAGCUUGAUCCCCGAGUGCACAGUUCAGAGUAUGAGGGCACUGCUAUGGGUGAUCAACGCGGAAAUUAG